UUCUCUCUUGUCAUUAAGUCAUAUGUCCAGUUCAAGCCUGCUGAGUCGAGGAGUGUAUGAGAAGUGUAUUGCUGCAGACCGGAGACUUUAUGGGCGGAUCUACUUGGCUGAGUCGACUGAACGACGUCUUCAUCUAAUUAGAAUGCCUGGAAGAUGUUUGAAGAUUCUCCUUUUGUUGAUGCUGACGUUACUAUACGUGGUGCCAGAAGAUAUUGUUGAAAAUUCUGGAAGAAAAGUGCUCCUUCCUUGCAUUUUCCAAGCAUCAACUUUAAGGACCUCAUUUUCUUUGGUAUGGAAAAAAUUGCCAAGUACCAAUAUACUUUUUUACGAGAAUGGAAAAAAAGAUGUGAUGGAUGAAUAUGCAGGACGUGUUGACUUGAAUGAAAAUGAAAUACUUCAGGGAAAUCUUUCCCUUGUCUUGUCAAAUAUUCAAAAAUCAGAUGAAGGGGAAUAUAUUUGUUACAUACCCGAAAGUGCACGUUCACUGGAUGUCAAGCUUUUUGUUAAAGAACCUGGACCUGAAGUAUCUACUGCAGUCACAGAAGAUAACAAGGCUUCAGGACGAGGGUCUGGAAACACGGGUGUGAAUUUGAUCCCACAGAAACUUUUCACACCUUUUCUUCUUGCAGUACCUUUGUUCCUGUAUGGGGACUGACUUUGUAAAAAUAAGUGAUAAAUGAAAAUUAUUAUCUUUGGAUGCAAUUUGAAGUACUUAUAAAUUGUGCAGUAUAUUGUAUUCCAAGUGCUAGUAUUAGCUGUUACAUAUUGCAUAACAGCUAAUGUAUAUAUGAUAAUUAAUUAUAAAGCAGUGUUCCAUGAUUUAUAAGUGUAUGUCUUUGUAAACUCAGGCAUUAUAACAUAGUUAUAAUGGUAACAGCUUCUACUAACUCAUGAAUUAGGCAUUACUUGAGCCACAUUUAAUAGGAGUGGCACAGCCUGACAUUUUUAUGAAGUAUUUAAGUAUUAGUUGUGAUUGUGAUGAGAGCAGGCCAUUCAGCCCAAACAGCUUGUCCAAGAUAACAUCACGAUCUUUAAGUUGUGAUUGCAAAGCAUUGCUUGCAUAGUACCAUGCACUGUGUUAAUUUUGAUCUUGAGAGAGACUUAUUUGGAACUGUGACUCAUGUUUGUAAAAAUAAAAUUUCAAGGAUUUGAAAGU